GCGGGGGGGGAGGAGGAGGAGGAGGAGGAGGAGGAGGAGGAGGAGGCGGAGGGAGUCCCCGGCUCCAGCAUGAGGCCGGCGUGAGCGAUGUGCGAGCAGGCAGCGCGCUACUGCCGGGCCGGCGUGCACAGGCUGCUGCGCAAGUCGCCGCCGCCGCCGCUGCGCGGGCUGGACGGGCUGCUGCGCUGGGUCGCCGCCAAGAUGAGCGACAAGGGCGCCGCCGCCGAGCGGCAGCUGCUGCAGCCGGGAGCCGCCGCCGCGCAGAGGAAGGGCACCUCCGUCAUCCUCGAUAUUUUCAGAAGAGCUGACAAAAAUGAUGACGGGAAGCUGUCCCUGGAGGAGUUUCAAGCCUUUUUUUCCGACGGGACACUCAACGAGGAGGAACUCGAGAAGCUCUUUCACACCAUUGACUCGGACAACACCAACAAUGUGGACACGAAGGAGCUGUGCGACUAUUUUGCUGAUCAUAUGGGAGACUAUGAAGACGUCUUGGCCUCACUGGAGACGCUGAACCUCUCCAUCCUGAAGGCGAUGGACUAUACCAAACGGGUGUACGAAAGCGGCAGCAACGUGGACCAGUUCGUGACCCGCUUCCUGCUGAAGGAGACGGCCAACCAGACCCAGUCGCUGCUGAGCUCCGUGGAGAGCGCCGUCGACGCCAUCGACGAGCAAACCAACCCCGCCAGGCACCACCAUGGCAAAGCUGGGCCCGUGGACGCCUGGUACGACAGCCCCGUGCCGAACUACCCCCCGAACAGCAGGCUGGUGCCCAAGGAGCACCGGAGAAGCCCCCAGACGGGUGAGUGGCUCCCGCGCGCUGCGGUGGGCAAGGAAGCGCCGCGACGGCGGCCGGGGCGAGCCCGGGUGUCCGCAGGGGCGGGCGCCAGGCAGUCGCACCCGUGCCCGAACCUCGCGGACCCCGCGGCGCCCAUCGGCCUUCCCGGCCCGUCCCGGCAGCGCCCACCUCCUCCCGAAGCGCGGCGGGAGCGGGGCAGGUGCCGUGGCCGGGAAAACCCGCCGGGCGCUGCUUCCCCGCGCCGCCCUGCUGCUGCUCUGCUCGCUGCAGGUUCUCCCGACGCCCGGGAGGAAGGGCUGGAGGUGCAGAUCAACAGGCUCGCCGAGCUCAUCGGCAGGCUGGAGGACAAGACGCUCUGGUUCGACUUGCACCAGCGGCUGUCGGACAGCGAAAGCACCGCUUGCACGUACCUCCUCCUGGUGCGGGACGAGAUGACGGUGGCACACAAGCACCUGGGCGAGUUCUGCAGCUCCCUGAAGCAGUACCUGAAGAGCGUGGCCGGCGAGCGGGACUGCUUCCACGUAACUGCGGUGAAGCUGCCGGACGGCGUCACCUUCAUCGUCUACGAGUUCUGGGAGACUGAAGAGGACUGGAAGAGGCACCUGCAGAGUGCCACCUGCAAGGGCUUCCAGCACGUGAAGGUGGACACGCUGAGCCAGCCCGAGGCCGUGUCCAGCGUCGCCGUGCCAGCCGCCUGGUGCACUCUGAGCAGAGACUGACCUCGUUGCCGGAGAGGACGCGGCGGCCAUGCGAACGCUGGCGCUUCAGGGCCCUGGGUCCUUCCUGCCUGCUGUCCCGUCCCCGGGGACGAAUCGCCUGUCGUUUCUGAUGACUGUGUUAUGAGUGUGACGCUGGGAGCACCCCCUGCGCAGCUGUGCGGGCCGGAGGUGCGAGCGGUGGCUGGCUGGCAUGAAGGAAACCCCGUCCUGCCCCCGGCCCCCGCGGCACCCCCAGCGGGGUGGCACCUGCGAAGCGGCCCUGCCACUCGGUCCCUGCCUGCCGGUGCCGCGUCGCGGGGAGCUGCGGGGCCGGGGGGCCGUGCGCCGGGGCCACGUGUGCCCGUCGGGGCCCGCUGCGCGCGUGGGGUGCUGUGUGCGUAUGUGGGUGAAGCGCUAGCUGUCUCGUGUGCACCGUCGCUGUCUCGCUGUGGCUCUCGCUCCCAGUCUCUCCCGCCCAGACCCGGCCGCGCGCUGGGGGCUGUAUUCUCCGAGAUGAGUCUAUCCAGAGGCUUUCUUAAUAUCAUCAUGUUCAGUAUUUAUUAGCAGCUGUACAGUAGAGCAAUGGAGAUGCUGAAUAAAGAUGUGAUGGGA